AUGAGUAAUAGUAAUCGAGAUCCAUUUUUUGAUGAUGGUGAAGUUGGUACUGAAGUACAACAACAACAACAAGAAGAAGAAGUUCAACAGCCACCAAUACCUGCUGCAAGACGACGAUCAUCAAGUGAUAUAGAACCUACUGAAAUAAUACAAGAUCCAAUUGAAAUACCACGUCCACGAUCACUAUCUCCAAUACCUGAAACACCAUUAGUUUUACAACCAGAAGUAAUCAAUGAAGAAAUUCAUGAAAGUAAACAUUCAUCUCGUCGAUCAUCUUCAUCAAUUCCAUUCGAAUCUGAUAUCGAUGAUGAAGAAGAAGAAUCAAAAGAAAAACCACAAGAAAAAGAGAAAAGUAUUAUUGUAACUCAUUCAACAGUAGAUGUUGAUAUACAAACUGAUCCAGUCACUAAACAAGAUGAAUCAAUUCAAACAGAAACAAUUCAUAAUGAAACAUUAUCAAAAAUAUCAACUCGUAAAACAGCUUUUCUAUCUGAAUCACAAGAUUUAACUACACCAUUAGUUAAAACAUUAUUUGAUCGAACAAUAUUAUCUGCAUUACCAAUAAUUAGUUUUUGUCAACCAUUUUCUAUGACAAGUCAUGUUAAUGAUAUUAUUCUUGCUAUGCCACGUCAUCUAAUGAUAAUACAUAAUCAAAAUUCUAUAAGUGUUUAUCCAUGGCAACAACCACAUGAAUCAAUAUCAACAAUUCUUGAAUGUUUUUGGUGUUCAUUUCUAUAUAAACUUCUUGUUACAACUAUUGAAGAUAAUCGUUUAUAUAUAUAUGAUUUUGUAUCAAUUAUUGAUUCAAUUAAACUUCGUGGUUAUCCAUUAUCAAUUAAAUAUCAAAGUUAUAAAUCUCAACAAACAACAACGUCUUCAUCUUUAUUACCACCAUCAUCUCGUCAUCAACCAUUACCAGCUGUAUGGUCACAAACACGAUUUACAAAAUCAAAUUCUUUAGGUAUCUAUUAUUGUUAUAUUAGUGAUCGUCAUUAUUCAUGUAUGUUAACACGUAUUGAUCAUAAUACACGACAACAUGUUAAAGCAAUUGAUUGUUCUGGUGGUAGUCUUAAUAAUCAAGCACGUAUUUGUGCUAUGGGUUUAUCUGAUGAUCGUGUAGCAAUUGUUUUAACUAAUCUUAUUAUGACACUUUAUAAUGCUGAAACAUUAAUAGGUUUAAAACAAAUAAAUUUAGCUCGUUGGAAUAAUUAUGGUAUACGUGGUAUUAGUACACUUAUUUAUUUAUGGAAAACAUGGCUUAUAUUUGAUCCAAUUGAUAAUAAAGUUGUUGGUGUUGCAAAACGAAAACGACAAUUUGUUAGAAUGUUACCUGAACAACCCAUUAAUGCUUGUUCAAUGGAUAAUGGUACAUUAGCUUUAUGGAUGGGAUAUCCAGGUGCACUUGUUUAUUAUCGUUUGGUGGAUGAAAAAUAG